AACGAAACAACACAGAAAUAGAGCCGAAUUUUUUUCAAAGUUCCGAAAAGUGAUGAUAUAUGCCACAAAAUUAUCAAUAUUGAUAUAUUCGCCAAACAAAAUAUCACCAACAAAUACAAGAUCAAAAAACCAUACAUAUAAACAUUCGAUACAUCAAUAAUGGCGUCGGAGGCAGAACAACUAGAAUUUGCUGUAAAACAAUUCAUAGAUCUCUGCAACAAUCUUGGUGCCACAACAACAGCAGCAACAGGGACAUUGACCACAUCCACAUCCACAUUAUCAGCUGUCUCUGCUUCUGCCUCUGCCUCUGCCUCCUCCACAAACUCCGACAGCAGCACACAGAUAUUGGCGGGAGCUGCCGCCCCACUGGCCUUCACGGUGCCACCAACAGAAGCUGCCACAGCAGGAGGAGGAGAGGGGCCCCAGCUAGCGCCCACCAUAGCCAGGCGACAAAUUUCACACACAACAGCAGUCAAGUUUUUGUACGCCCGUAAAUUUGACAUACCACGAGCCGUGUCGCUUUACGAACAGCAUGAGCAGAUCCGCCAGAAGGAGUAUCUAUACAACAUCGAUCCGGAUGUGGAGCCACUACGCUCCGAGCUGCAGACUGGCAAAUUCACAAUCCUCCCCGCUCGGACAUCCAGUGGAGCAGCGAUUGCCCUGUUCACCGCCAAUCGACACAGUCCGUUGAGUGUGGGGCAUACGACGACGCUGCAGGGGAUCGUCUACCAACUGGACAGCGCACUGCAGGACACGGAGACACAGCGUGCGGGAUUGGUGUUUAUCUACGACAUGAGCGGCUCCAAGUAUUCAAACUUUGACUAUGACCUCUCCCAGAAGAUACUCACCCUGCUAAAGGGUGGCUAUCCGGCGCGGCUGAAGAAAGUGCUGAUUGUGACGGCGCCGCUGUGGUUCAAGGCACCCUUUAAGAUCCUGCGCCUGUUCGUGCGCGAGAAGCUGCGCGAGCGGGUGUUCACUGUAUCGGUGCCGCAGUUAGGCCUGCACGUGCCGCGCAAGGCGCUGCCCCUGCAUCUGGGCGGCACGCUGGAGAUCGAUCACGCCACAUGGUUGCUGAAUUGCCGCCAAUCGAUGACGAAUCGUGAGGACGAACUGCUUGCCAAUAUCACAGUGGGUGUCACCGGUGUCACAGGUGUGGCAGCUGUGGCAGCAACCACCAAUGGCAGUGGCAGUGGCACUGGAGGUGGCAGUGGAAAUGCUGCUGCAACCAUCAUAAGUGCCGUCCAUCAGCUGGCGGACAACAACACCACUGUGGUGACUGUCAGCAAUGGUGAGGGCAACGAUGCCACCGCCAUGCUUGUGGCUGGCUCUGGGGGCAGCAUAGAGCCCAACGAGAACAUCACAAUAAAUGGCCUGAGUCCCAGUCACCGCGGCGGUGCCACUGGCGGCGGCGGCGGCGGUACAUCACCCCUGAAGCUCAACACUAGCGGCGUACCCUUGGACGGCAAUGUGCCAGAAACCACCACAGGAGCCACAACAAACAGCAGCACAGGAGCAGCCGUGGCUGUGGGAGCGGUACGGGCCACAGGCGGACCGGGUGCUGGAGCCACCAACGGCGGAGAGUUCUGGUCGGAGAAUCCACCCAGCAGCGCCUCGUCGGGCUUCAGCGAUGACGACAGUCUGGCCGGGCAGGAGGGCGACCCCAAGCCCAUCGAGCAGAUUGUCCAGAUGGUGAAGCAGCGGGGACGCCAUGGGCUCGUCAAGGAGUAUGCGGACAUUAGGAACCGGACGCCCGAUGGCACCUUUCUGCAUGCGCGAAUGCGUGCAAACCUGACCAAAAACCGAUACACAGAUGUCCUCUGCUUCGAUCACAGUCGAGUGGUGUUGGCACACGAGGAUGGCGGCGAGGAGCUGUCCGAUUACAUAAAUGCGAAUUUCGUCGAUGGCUACAAACAGAAGAAUGCAUAUAUUUCAACUCAAGGUCCAUUACCAAAGACAUCCCAUGACUUUUGGCGCAUGAUCUGGGAGCAACAUUGUUUAGUUAUAGUGAUGACAACGCGCGUGAUGGAGCGCGGACGUGUGAAAUGCGGCCAAUACUGGGAGCCGACUGAAGAUAGUUCCUUAGAGUAUGGCGACUUCCAUGUGCGAACACUUAGCGUUGAGUGCAACGAGGACUAUACGGUUGCCUCGUUAGAAUUGAGAAACAUAAAGACUGACGAAAUUCGCAAUGUGUCACAUUGGCAGUUCACCAGUUGGCCGGAUUACGGCGUUCCCAGCUCAGCCAUGGCCAUGCUGAACUUCCUCCAGAAGGUGCGCGACAAGCAGGCGGAGCUCGUCGAUGCUUUGGGCGACACCUGGGCGGGACAUGCGCGAGGUCCACCAAUUGUGGUGCACUGCAGUGCUGGCAUCGGGCGUACAGGAACAUUCAUCACUUUGGACAUUUGCAUAUCGCGUCUGGAGGAUGUGGGCACGGCGGAUAUACGCGGCACCGUGGAGAAGAUACGCUCACAGCGCGCCUACUCCAUCCAAAUGCCCGAUCAGUAUGUAUUCUGCCAUCUGGCCCUCAUCGAGUAUGCCUACUCGCGCGGCAUGCUCCAGACGGUCGAUCUGGCAGGCUUCGAUGAGCGCGAACCCGACUCGGAAUAGAGGAGCGGCAAUUAGCAAAUAUAAGUGGAGGAACCUAAAUAAACAACGGAACGAUACGCAACACAAAUUGUAUACAGAUUAAA